UUCUAUGUAAAUAAUUAAUUUAAUUUCUUAGUUAGUAUAUUUAAUUUACGCUAUUUCAUGAAUGUGCCUAGGGUGAUAUAAAUUGUGAGAAUCGCAUACUUUGCAUUAUUUAUUUGGUUUGUCAAAUUGGCUUGAACAUUUGUGUAUUUCAUCGAAAUAUUUACGCGGGUAAAUAGUUAACAAAAUGUUAGGUAAAAGAAUGCAUCAUAAUAGUAAAGGAAGAUUAGCAAGUAAAAGUCACGAUAACGGUAAACCGGCUAGUCCCGGGUUGUCGCCUUACAGUAAACCUCCUAAAGUACCAGGUUCUAUUUCUGUUGGUAAAACUAGAGCUGAAAUAUGUCCAAUACCUUAUAUAAGACAGCAGGAUAACUCUAUUGUUCUUCCAAGAUUAACAGCAAUUGCAGCUAGAUCAGCAGAUGAGCCCAUUGGAAUGGAUGAAUUAGAUGCUUUACAACUAGAGCUAGAGUCGCUGCUUUGUAACACUGCACUGCGGAUUAGAUAUUUUCAAGGUGAGAUUGAGAGUAUUGAUACAAAUGAAUCAAAGAGAGAGAAAAAGAGUAAAUCUGCUGGAAAACAGUUACAAUAUCCAGGUAAAAGAAAAUUUCCAGAUGACAAAUUUGUUAAAACAAAGGACUAUGCUAAGUUGUCAAACCAACCCAAAGUACCUAAAUUCAAAAAUUAUAAUGCAUCAGGAGCUUCUCAAGGGUACUCAAAUGAUCCAGCUGGGAAUUCUGACAACUCAGUUAAAUUAGAAAUUUCACAGCUUGCAUUACCAAAGAACAAUAUUCCAUACAAAUUCUGGAACUCAGUAGAUCCAUUCUGUGCACCGGUAACGAUGGAUGAUAUGAAAUUUUUAGAAUCACUUCUCGUUCAAAGUAGUAAUACCACAUUGCCACCAAUACCACCUCUUGGUAGACACUACUCUGAAGUAUGGGCAGAUGAACAUAUAUCAGAAGACCAAAAUGCCUCAAAUCCAAAUAAGAAAUCCCCUGAUGUACCUAAUAUUAGAAAGAAACUUGAAAAGUCUUCUGAAAAUAUGAUCACAGGCCCUCUAACACAGAGGUUAGUCUCUGCACUCAUGGAAGAAAAUGUUAUGACAUAUGAUAUGCCAGAUAUGAAAAUUAAACAAUCCACCACCACUAAGAACAGUUAUAAGAACUCAUUGACAUUAGAAAAAUGUUUGAGAAAGGAGCUAGUAGAACAAGGUAUUUUGGACCCUGAAGAUCUUCCUCCAUUGACUAACCCAGCUGAUGAUGAAAUAUUAGCGGAAAUAAAGAAGUGUCAAACUGAGUUAACAGCUGUACGUAAGGAAAAUUGUAGAAAUUUAAAAAAUUUAAUUGGUUUAUGCAAACAGGAGAUGAUAAGACUCAAUUUGAAAAAGCAAUUAGAUCAAGUUGAUAUGGAAUGUAUUGACAUUUAUAAGAAAAUGGUGGCAGCUAAGCAAAAGAAAAGACCAAUCACAAAAAAAGAAAAAGAAGAUGCUUGGAGGGCUAUCAAUGAGCAGAUAAGACUUAACAAAGAAAUAAAUGCUUUGCCAUUAACGGGACCCAACUCAAGUUAAUUUUAUGUGUAUUAUUGACUUACACUUACAUCCUAAUUGUCUCAUGUAAAUUGAAGUAAAAUAAAUGCAUGUUAAAACUA